AUGAAAUCACUCACUGUCGUGUCCCUCCUCGCAUUCGCGACUUAUGUCUCCGCCCAGGCCAACGGUGGCCCCCCUUUCGACCCCGCUGGCGCAAAGAAUGUCGGCAACGGCCAGGGCAAGCAGUUUAUCGGUGGCCAGUGUCUCUCUGCAGCUGAUUGCGGGUCUGGCUGCUGUGCUGGCCCAUCGGGCAUCUGCUCCGGUGUUGGCGCCCAAACACAAGCGGGCAAAACUGGUUGUGGAUUCGGUGGUGGUGGAGGCGGAGCAGCCGCGCCACCAGCAGCUGCACCGCCACCAGCAGCAGCGCCACCGGCCACGGCAAGCAAAGGCGGCCCGCCAUUCGACCCCGCAGGUGCCAAAAACGUCGGAAAUGGCGCGGGCAAACAGUUCAUUGGUGGGCAGUGUCUUUCUGCAGCUGACUGCGCUUCUGGGUGUUGCGCUGGUCCCUCUGGGAUUUGCUCCGGUGUUGGCGCACAGACUCAGGCUGGUAAAACUGGCUGUGGAUUUGGUGGUGGAGGAGGAGCGGCAGCAGCACCCCCACCCGCCGCUGCACCGCCACCAGCAGCUGCCCCACCAGCUGCAGCUGCCCCACCGGCCAACAAGGGCGGCCCACCUUUCGACCCCGCAGGUGCCAAGAACGUUGGAAAUGGCGCGGGGACACAGUUCAUUGGCGGCCAGUGCUUGUCAGCAAAGGACUGUGCCUCUGGCUGCUGCGCUGGCCCAUCUGGAAUUUGCUCUGGUGUUGGUGCGCAAACUCAGGCGGGCAAGACCGGGUGUGGGUUUGUCGCGAAGCGGUUUGUGCGGCGCGCGGCUGCGCCGUUUGUGUUGUAA